AUGCAGGUAAUGACGUCUCCUACUGUUACUCCUAUUAUACCGGGGGAAAACCGAAGUUAUGAUCCAAACCAAUUCAUAGCUUGGUGUGACAAACACAUCAGUCAACCUGAAGAAUGUAUUAUGUUAAAAGCCACAUUUAUUCUCGCUUUGAAUCACAUGACCGGUUUAUUCGAGAGAAGUUUACAAAUUUCUGAUAUAGAUCGUAGUAUACGUUCGGAUGCUCCGAUACUUGUACGUAUGGAUGAAGUUGAAUAUUGGUUUCAAGCAUUCGAUGACAUUGAAAAAUGCUUCGACGCUAUUGAAAAGAAUAUUGGACUUAACAAACACAUUACCCUCAUUACAUCCGGCUCCAAAGGAAAAAUUUUAAUCCCAGCUUUGAAGGCUAAUUUCCCGAAUACGUUUAUCGAUGGGUAUUGGAUGUAUGUUUUUUGUGCCAAUAUGAAUAUGCGCUCAGUGGGCGACAUCCAUCCAACCAAUGAAUGGGCACUGGACUAUGAGAAGAAUAUUUUAAUGUAUAACCAUGAAAAUGACUUGUUAACUCGUAUGGUGCUUGAAAGUGCGCGUCGUUUUUCGAGCAAAGCAGACGAUUUACAAAAAGAACAACAUUUAAGCAACCAAGAACAAGAAUUAAAUGAGAAUGAACGCCUUCUGAGUGCAUUACAAUACUUACGUUGGGCAGAACAAAUGCAUGAACGCUAUAAGAUAAUCUCGACGGAGCCUGGAAUUCAAACUUUCGCAAAUAUCAAUCAACGUAUCUCUGACCUCGAACGUAAUCUCGGUCUGUUUCAUGAGGCGUCUAAUUAA